ACCGGGUUCCGACGCUUCCGCUUCCGGGGUGGCGGCGGCGGGCGGCUGUGGAGGCCGGGAGGGCUCGGCGGCCGGAGGUGCCUGGGCGCGAACUUGCCUCCCCGGGAGAAGCGGGAGCCGGAACGGCGGGAGUGGAGUUUCAGGUUGAAAUUAGAGGAGGAGAAGCAGCAAUACUGUGGCAGCUGUGCUAGGAGGACCUUGGCACCCUAUCCCCAUCCUGAAGGGAGAUUUAGGUUUGGGGUGACUCAUCCACAAGAGCAGCACAGCCUGUAGCUUUCAUCAGCUUUUGACAGGGCUGGGGAAAUUUUCUGUACGCAAAUUCUGGGCACUCCCGACUCCAGAAAGAUGUCGUCAAAGUGGAAGGAAUUCAUCAUUACAGCAGGUGGCUGCAAAGUGCCCUCGGUGAUAAUCCGUUCUCCGAAACCUAAAAGCAGCUGAGCUCUCAGUGGUCUGCUCCAGUGACUAGCAUGCAUUCCCAAGCCUUCAGUGCUGGACCCUCCCUAGUCAAGGCGAGUCUCCUGGCCUGCGAGGGACUCUCUGGGGUUUGCCUGGUGCCGACGGUUGCCAGCAAGAAGAUGAUGCCGAAGCAAAGCCCUAAGCAGGUGGAGAAUGGAGAAAGGGGUGCUCCAAACAUGCUGGGACAUCACCGCAAGGAAAGCGAGAAGUCGCGCAGCCGAAAGGAAGAGGAAGCGACAGAAGGGUCUCAACCCAAAAAGUCUCAUAAAAAGGUCAUGGUGAUUGAGCAGAACGGGUCGUUCCAGCUCCGAAUCCCCAAGAACUUUAUUUGCGAACACUGCUAUGGUGCAUUCCGGAGCAGCUAUCAUCUCAAGAGGCACAUCCUCAUCCAUACAGGUGAGAAGCCAUUUGAGUGUGAUGUGUGUGACAUGCGCUUCAUCCAGAAAUACCACCUGGAGCGCCACAAGCGUGUGCACAGUGGGGAGAAGCCGUACCAGUGUGAGCGCUGCCUGCAGAGCUUCUCCAGGACAGACCGGCUGCUGAGACACAAACGAAUGUGUCAGGGUUGCCCCAGCAAAGCGUCUGACUCACAGCUGCUGCUUUAGGGGUAGGCCAGGAGAAAGGGGAAACUAGGAGGAGCUGCAAAGCAAACAGGAUUAUCUGUGGGUUAUUUUGUUCAUUUGUUGGGGUGGGGUGGGGUUGUGCUUCUGUCUGCCUGCUGGGCCUCCCCCUAUGGAAGGGGGCAGAGCUGAGUUGGCGCACAGACUUUCAGACAAGGUCUUGGCACUGUAAAUAAGUUGAGGACAAACCAGGGCUGGCUUCCCAGCCCCUUGUGGUUGUGGAUAAACUUUGUCCGAGUUCCUCUUUUUUGUUGGAGUUAUCACCAUUUGCCUCAGGAAAGGCUUUGUGAGAACGGCUGAACCCUCCUGCAAGACCUGAUUAUGAUGUUCGAUGCUCUCGGUUGACAGAGCUGCCAGCUCUUGCCCAGCCUUUUGGGCCUGCCAAGAUGGGAGAAGGACAGACUACUAAUCAUUUUUAAAAAUUAUUAUUAUUAUUAUU